AUGAAAAAGGAGGCCGGCGAGACUGACCUCGCGGACCCUCUCGUCGAGAUGCCCGACGGCAAGCACGACUACAACCUCAAGACGUUCUUCCCCCUGUUCUCCUCAUACAUCUACCACCUCGUCAACGACCUCGCCGCGCUGAGGCACACAACCUUCUCCGUGCUCCGCGACUUCGCCGCGGACGGCGUCGUCUACCUCGAGCUGCGGACCACGCCCCGUGCCCUUCCGAGGUCCGGCCUCGAUAAGGAGGGCUACGUCGAGGCCAUCCUCGCCGUCAUCCGCGAGUACGAGGCAUCAUCAUCCGGCAACGGCAAAGCCACGCAGCUGCACACCCGCCUCAUCCUCUCCGUGGACCGGCGCAACACCCCCUCCGAGGCAGCAGAGGUGGUCUCCCUAGCCCGCCGCCUCCAGCCCCUCGGCGUCGUGGGCGUGGACCUGUGCGGGGACCCGCUCCGGGGCGGCGUCGAGGCCCUGCAGCCGGCGUUCGAGGCUGCCCGCGGCAUCCCGGGGCUGGGCGUGACGCUGCACUUCGCCGAGGCCGAGGCGAGCGGGUCCGACGCGGAGCUUCUGAUGAUGCUGCGGGAGUGGCGGCCGCACCGGAUCGGGCACGUCAUCCACCUCAGCGACGCCGUCAAGAGGGAGGUCGCGGCGUACCCCGGCGGCCUGGGGCUGGAGCUGUGCUUGAGCUGUAAUGUCCGCGCCGGCAUGGUCAGUGGGGGAUUUGAGGGCCACCAUUUUGGGGAGUGGUGGAAGGUCGACGAGUGCACGGUGGUGCUAUGUACCGACGACGUGGGAGUCUUUGGCAGCCCGCUGUCAAACGAGUACAGGCUGGUCGCCGAGCACUUUGGCCUGUCAGAGCCCCAGAUACGCACUCUGGCGAGGAAGGGCAUCGAGGUCAUCUUCGGAGGGCCCGAGGAGAAGCAGAGGCUGAGGGAUAUUAUGGACUCGGCAUCAUGA